UCUGUAGGAGGCCGAAGUGUUGGAGUAUGCAUUCACCACAAGAGAAAGAAACUGGAGAACCUGCGCACCCUCAUUUUAGCCAACAAUCAUCUCCGGGAGCUCGUUCUCCACUAUACAGAUGAAGAGUCCCUUGACAUUAUGGUGGGAAUGGGGCGACAAAGGCUUCUCUUCCCUGCCCUUACCAUGCUGGAUGUUAGCAACAACCAGAUAUCCAUCAUCCCUUCUGUCAUUCAUGAGCUCUCCUCCCUUUCUGUUCUCAACAUCUCUGCCAAUCCAGACAUCACAGAAUUGCCACCAGAGAUGGGCCUCCUAAAUCGACUCUGGAACUUGGGCUGCCUUGGCUGCAACUUGCAGGAUCCACUGCGAGGGAUGCUGGAGAGUCACCGCUACAAGACCAUAGAUGUGAUUGGGUACCUGCGUUCUGUGUUGGAGGACUCUAAGCCAUAUGCCCGACUGAAAUUAAUGGUUGUGGGCAUUCAGGGAAUUGGGAAGACUUCCCUUCUUGAGCAACUCCGAGCUGAAGGGUCCACCCUGGUACAUGCCAAACGAAAACCACCUGAUCAUUGGGGGAAACGAAUGGGAACAAUGAAGAAUGUGAAGCCAGGCACAAACCUGUCCACAGUGGGGGUUGACAUAGCUGACUGGAUGUGUGAGAGGUCAGGACGGAACACACCCCCAGUCACAUUCCGCACAUGGGAUUUUGGGGGACAGCGGGAGUACUAUGCAACCCAUCAGUAUUUCUUAAGCAAGAGGAGUCUUUAUCUGGUUGUCUGGAAGAUCACUGAUGGGGAGGCUGGGAUUCGGUCCCUUCAACAGUGGCUUGUCAAUAUCCAGGCCAGAGCUCCAAAUUCCCCUGUGAUCAUUGUGGGUACCCAUUAUGACCUUGUGAAGGACCACUUACCUCCCUCUUAUGCUGAGCACCUACAGAGUCUCAUUCGCACCAAGUUCAUUGGCAUCAUUGACCCUGACAAAUCAGGACUUCCCAGGGUGGUGGAGACACUGGAGGUGAGCUGCCGAACAAGGUAUAACUUGCGCACCCUGGCCAACCUCAUCUAUGACACAGCAUACUCCCUUCGUUCUCCUGGAGGGAAGGAGAAGCUGCUGGAGCAGAAGAUCCCAGCUGUCUACCUUGCUUUGGAGGAGGUCAUUGGUCUUGUUGCUGCUCAACGACGGGUGCAGGGAAAGGACCCAGUGCUGACAGCAGAUGAGUAUCACUUCCAAGUGUCUCAUGAGAUGGCAUCACGAGGCAAGGGAUUUCGUGACAUUGCAGAGCUCAAUCAGGCCACAUCUUUCCUCCAUGAAAAUGGCGUGCUCUUGCACUAUGAGGAUGCAGCCCUAAGGGACCUGUACUUCCUGGACCCACAGUGGUUGUGUGACAUGCUGGCUCAUGUUGUCACCAUUCGGGAGAUCAACCCCUUUGCCAAAAAUGGGAUCAUGAAACUACAAGACUUGAGCCUGGUGUUCAAGAACAUAUCAUGGACCCCCACAAAGCAGAAUUACUUGGUGAAUUUGCUGAAUAAGUUUGAGGUGGCCUUGACAUGGGACUCUCGUUCCCUCCUCAUCCCAUCGCUCCUCCCAUCUGAGAUCCAGAUCCGAGCUGGCAUUCCUGGCUGUGAAGUUCGGAUCCCAGUGCGUUCCCGUACCUGGGCCUUGCGGCCACAUCGGUUGUCCACAUCUGAAUGUGAAGAUGGAGGUGGACUGAGUCACAGGGAAACAGGAGUAACAGUGAGUCACAUGACCCCCAAAGGUGUGGAACCCCUACGUCGUCUCCUCUUCAUCUCCUACUUCCCAGCUGGGUUCUGGUCCCGCCUUCUCACACGCAUCCUUGCUGAUGACUCCUUCAUCAGCAUCAUCCAGGCCUAUUUUGAUGCUCCCAAGCAGGCCACACAGAAGCACUCUUUGGGUUGCACUUUAGGCACCCCUGAGCUAGCA